UCAGAUUUUUGCUGUGAUAUUUCCGUCCGUAAUGGGAAAUAUGUCGACAAACACGGACGGAAUACGGAGCAUAGUUUUCCUUGGCGGCAGAUAGUUCCCCAUUACCGGGUCAAUUAAAUUAUAGAAAUAGUGAUAGUGAUAUAUAUGGUCACGUACGAAUAAAUCCCUCCUCUCGCUUGUCUCCCUGAAAUUCAAAUCUACAUCUCACGCACAUUCGAGCCAUCUGAUCCAGAUCUCCGAUCGGGCAACUCUACACGCCGCCACUUCACUUCCUUACUCUUCUUACCUUUUUAGGAAGCGAGAUCCGAUUGCCAUGUCGGAUCCGCCCGCACGUUGAUCGAGCUGAUUUUUCGGGGAUUCUCUCGUCCCAAUCGUCAAAUCCUAGAUUCGGAAAGUUACUCUCAUCAGUCAAGUGUUGCAUGCGCGGAUGUGCAUAAACCUAAAGUUUUUGAUUAUUCUUUACUCUCCUUUCUCAUGACAUUCAAACGUAGAGCAUUAGAAACUCUUUUCGAGUACUUGAUCGACGUUUUCGAAUUGCCGUUCUGUUAUUCCCGCUGCAAAUAGUCAUGUUUGUGUAAUUGUGUUUGAACUCAUCUUUGUGUUUUUAGCUUGACUGCUUGAACUUUUGCUGUCGUUUUCUGGUUCGAUACUCUUAAAAUGUUGCAUUCUCAUGCUGCUGCUGAUGGUGUAGGUUAUUUUGACACCUGGUCACGUGUUGAAUACAAUUUUACUUGCGCUUACAACUGCUUCUCUUUCCACUUUCUGGAGGAUUGAGUGAUGAACUAAAGGUAUUUUAAGGAACCUUGAUGUGGAACAAAAUUUAAUCAAGCAAUGCAAGGUUUCAAAGCUAAAUUUAAGGUUGCAGCCCUGGUUCUUAUUUCCAUAUGGAUGGGUCUUGCUGCUCUUUAUGAUUUGAUAAAACCGGUUUCAAAUGGUUGUAUCAUGACAUACAUGUACCCUCAAUAUAUUCCCAUCUCUUCGCCUGCAAACGUUUCAUCCUCAAAGUAUGGGUUGUAUUUGUACCAUGAAGGAUGGAAGAAGAUUGAUUACAAUGAGCACAUUAAGAAGCUUAGUGGUGUUCCUGUCCUUUUCAUUCCUGGGAAUGGUGGUAGUUACAAGCAGGUAAGAUCAUUAGCUGCAGAAUCUGAUAGGGCAUAUCAAGGAGGCCCACUUGAGCGGACAUUUUAUCAAGAAGCUUCCCUAACACUUGAAGAGGGAGGAGUUAACUGGGAUGCAGUUGGCUUUGGGUUACCCAGGCAGUAUAAUUCAAAGCUAGAUUGGUUCACUGUGGAUCUAGAAGGUGAACAUUCUGCAAUGGAUGGUCGGAUACUGGAAGAACACACAGAAUAUGUUGUACAUGCCAUUCACCGGAUUCUAGACCAAUAUAAAGAUUCUCAUGAUGGUCGGGUAAGAGAAGGAGCUGCUGUCUCUGGAAGCCUGCCCAAAAGCGUGAUAUUGGUUGGUCAUUCUAUGGGUGGUUUUGUUGCUAGAGCUGCAAUUGUACAUCCAUGUCUACGAAAGUUAGCUGUUGAAACAGUUCUUACACUUUCAAGCCCGCACCAGUCACCUCCUGUGGCUUUGCAGCCAUCAUUGGGUCUGUAUUAUGCACGUGUCAAUGAAGAAUGGAGAAAGGGAUAUGAGGUCCAAACUUCUCGAACUGGACGUUAUGCAUCUGAUCCUCCACUUUCUCGAGUUGUUGUUGUCUCAAUCUCUGGCGGUAUUCAUGAUUACCAGGUAAGGACGAAAUUAGAAUCUCUUGAUGGCAUCGUGCCUCGUAGCCAUGGUUUUAUGAUUAGCAGUUCAGCCAUGAAGAAUGUGUGGUUGUCCAUGGAACAUCAAGUUAUUCUGUGGUGUAAUCAACUUGUAGUGCAGGUGGCUCACACUUUACUUAGCCUGAUAGACCCGGAAAUGGGUCAGCCAUUUCUUGAUACACCAAAAAGACUUGCAGUAUUCACUAAGAUGCUUCAUAGUGGGAUACCACAGAGUUUCGAUUGGCUGAAGCAAUCACCAUUGUCUCAGCAGGCAAUCUAUGAUCGUGUUCAAAAUGGAAAAGAGGCUACUGGGCCUCGAGAGAAUACUCUAUCUUCUUGUCCAAGUAAUGUUCGUUGGACUGAUGAUGGCCUUGACAGGGACCUGUAUAUUCAGACAAGUACCGUCACAAUUUUAGCAAUGGAUGGGAGAAGGCGGUGGUUAGACAUAGAAAAACUGGGGUCAAACAGGGAAAGGCACUUUGUACUCGUUACAAAUCUUGCUCCAUGUUCCGGAAUUAGAUUACAUCUUUGGCCUGAGAAAGGAAAAUCAGCUUCAAACUUGCCAGCUAGCAGAAGGGUUAUUGAAGUGACACAGAAAAUGGUGCACAUUCCAUCAGGUCCAGCACCAAGACAAAUUGAACCAGGUAGUCAGACCGAGCAAGCUCCUCCAUCAGCUGUGCUUUUCUUGUCUUCUAGUGAUAUGCGUGGCUUUAGAUUCUUGACUAUCUCAAUUGCACCUCGCCCGACUGUUUCAGGACAGCCUCCACCUGCUGCUUCCAUGGCAGUUGGACAAUUCUUUAGUCCAAAAGAAGGGGAAUUAGAGUUGUCUUCUAAGAUGUUACUUCUCUCAAGUCAUUUUCCACAGGGCAUGAUAUUGAAGGAGGAUCAUCCUCUUGCUGUCAAUUUAUCAUUCACUAUUAGCUUGGGUCUUUUGCCUAUUAGACUUUCCUUGGAAACUACAGGAUGUGGAAUAAAAAAAUCUGCACUCCCUGAUGAAGAGGCUGGAGAUGUGGAAAAUAGUAGGCUUUGCAAACUGCGCUGUUUUCCUCCUGUAGCACUUGCUUGGGAUGCGACAUCAGGCCUUCACAUAUUUCCAAAUUUGUAUUCCACAACAAUUGAGGUGGAUUCCUCACCAGCACUGUGGGGUUCAACUAGGGGUUCUGAGAAGACUACUGUUUUAUUGCUGGUGGACCCACAUUGUUCAUAUAGAGCUAGUGUAGCUGUCUCUGUCACUGCUGCAGCCAGGAGAUUUUUUCUUUUGUACUGUUCAGAGAUUGUUGGUUUCUCCGUUGCUGUUGUCUUUUUUGCUUUAAUGAGGCAAGCACAGGCUUGGGAGCUUGAUUUACCUAUACCUUCAGUGCUAUCAGCUGUACAAUCCAAUUUGAGAAUGCCAUUGCCAUUUUCUUUCCUAGCCACUGUACCCCUUUUCAUUGCCUUGUUCCUUUCCUCUCUGACAUCCCAACCAUUUCCUCCAUUUUUAAGCUUUGUCCUUGUCUCAAUACUUUGCUAUAUAUUUGCAAAUGGGUUAAUAUUGCUUCUGAUAUUAAUCUUGCAAUUGGUGUUCUACGUGACUGCUGCUCUACAUGUUUUCGUAAAGCAACGGUGGCAAUUGUGGGAAUUGAACUUUUGUUUUGUGUUCCUGCAUUGGUUCCUCAAUCUUUCUUCUUGUUUUUUAUCAUCCAAGGUCAUAAGGGCUUUAAGAACAAACCCAUUAUUUGUUACUGCAGUGGUUGCAAUUGCGUUGGUGUGCUUUGUCCAUCCUGCACUAGGUCUGUUCAUUUUGCUCCUAUCUCAUGCAUUGAGCUGCCAUAAUGCACUGUCCAGUUUUUUGACGGCUUCCUUUCGCAGUCAUACCCGGAGCAAGGAGUCAUUUGAUUCAAGAAAUGGAGGCAACAGGUCUGAACAGUUCUCUGUUAGACAUCGUGAUGGGUUCAGCCAGAGUUCCCUGUUGGAUGAUGGUUUUUCAAGUCGCCCAGGUUCUACAGGAAGCUUUGGUGAUACUCAGUUAGAGAUGUUCCACCACCGGCAUGGCUUGCUUAUCUUGCAUCUCCUAGCAGCACUUAUGUUUGGUCCCUCACUCAUGGCUUGGUUUCAGAGAAUUGGCAUGGGUCAGAGCUUUCCAUGGUUUGUGGAUAUAGCUCUUUGUGGUGGUGUCAUCCUCCAUGGCAUCUGUGAUUCUAAGCCUGAAUUUAAUUUCUUUUUGUUUCCUUUGCCCGGAGUCCCUGGUUUGGAAGUGAAACUGAGCUUUGGCUAUCUGCUUGCUGGGUGCUAUUCCUAUCUCUCCGCUCUGGCCUUGGCUCCUUACAGAGCAUUUUAUGCCAUGGCAGCAAUCGGGGUCCUUUCCUUCACUUUCAGGAUUAUAUUGAGAUGGAAUAGGGGUAAGGGAGAAGCAUAUGUGAGCACCCGAAAGCAUUCUCAUAGGCACUGAUGAAGCUUUGCUCGAAACACAAUUUUAUACUGAGGUUUUCGAAUAUGUCCCAUUGUAUAGUGAUCUGUUGUUUGCCGGUAACAGUGUGUGUAACCCUAACAUGGCUUCAGCCACCUCAGUUUUGUAGCGCAGAUUUUCAAACAUUCAAUCAUAUCGACUCUUAAAUC